UAUCUGUUCUCAUCAUGCAAAUCUACGCUGUCUACCCAACAAAAUGGAAGAGCUUCUUCUCCUCGCAAAGGACCAACAAGAACUUUGCAUAUUCUGCCACCCUCUGCUUUACUAAGACUUGGCUCAGUGACACAUCUCCAAUGGAGCGAUACAACUGCCUGGCUUCAAACUCCACAGAGCAUACCGCGUCACGGAGCUCUCGGAGAAAACAAAAGGUAUGAAAAAAUGGUGUACUGAUCUCACAGUACUCAACACAGACUACAGCGCAGACUUGGAAAUGUUGUUUUUGAACUGUAAGUCAUUCUAUUCACAACGUACGUUUUCCUCCUUUUUACUCACUGAUGUUUACAUUCCACCCCAGGCUAACACGAACACCAUGCUGCAAACACUGGCAGACCAAGUAAAUCAACUUGAAAUAAAUUCACCCAGAUUCGCUCGUCAUUACUCUUGGGGACUUUAACAGAGAAAAACUUAACCACAAACUUCCUAAAUCUAAAUAUAUCCCACCAGGGAAAACAACAUUCUAGACCACUGUUAUACCACGCUCAAAGACUCAUCACUCUGUUGACUGUACAGACCAAGGAGGACACCUAUGCCCCUUUCCCAUUGUACCGGUUCUAACGCCAACCAGCCUGGUUCUGCCCUGUGUAUCACUUUUCCAAUACACUUUUUCGAGCCCGGACAGUGCCAAUGGCACCAUUCCUCAGAACCUCUUCAGACCUGGUUCUAAAACGCAGAUCGCGGAAGCCUGACGUAACUGUCAUCUGAUUGGCUGAUGUAGGCAUUUCUUUAAACGCGGUGACUUGUCACUUUAACAAUCAUGGCGUCUAUAGGCUGCCGCAUACCGAAUGACGCCACCAAACCUGACUGAACUGUCGUGCAGUAUGUGUGACUUGACAACUGUUUUCAUGAGCCACUGGUUUUGCCGCAAUUCAAAAGUUGAAUCGGCGUCUUCACGUUGCUGAAGAUAAGCUUUUCCGGGUUUAGGUGAGCCGUGCCACAUCAAGCCAUAUAAAUAGUAUACAAAGCAUUGACGAUUGUGUUUUGCAUCAAUACUUAACUAUAUUCAUAAAGUAUAAUGUAUUUGUGGAUGAAAUAGGAAAACUUGUGACCAGAAUGUACUCUAACGUACAUACACCUUGGGUACGUUCAAACGAACGGAGCCAGCGAGCCUCCUUUCAAAUAUCCACACUCUCACUUUUAUUCUCACCAACAUCCUCUGACUUUAGCAACCUGCUUCUUCCUUAACUAUUAAUCUUAUUGUGCUUUAAGGAAUGUGAUAAAGUAAAAGAAACUGAAUUCACAGCAUCAAACACUUAUACAGGCUCGCCGGGCAUCCAAAAAUGGUCCGGUCCAGUUGGGUUCAAGCACGUCGCGCAGUGUGUGGCAGACUUAAAGCAGCAUUUGUUCUGUGGUCGACUUAGGAGGCGUGGGCAUUUUUGUCCUUAUUUGGAGAAGGUGAAAUACACUGAGAUGGAAGGUGCGACAAGAAAUGAGCAUGCCACCUUCUUCUUGAUCCUGCCCCAAUCACCCCCACUUUUGAUUGGUGCCUGUUGUAAUGGAAAAGCAACGGAGGUGAGGCCGGGCCAGGCCGUUCUGGAACUUUUAAGAGAAAAGUGGCACAAUUGGAGUGGGGACAGAGCCCUGUACAAGCAAGCCAGACACCAGCUGACAAAGGAAAUUAACAUCACCAAGAGAUGCGUAGUUUGGCGAGGAUUACAAUCAAUAGCCAACUACAGGAGACCAUCCCUUCAAGCAGAGGACAAUAAAGGACUGCCUGACGACUUAAAUACAUUUCACUGCAGAUUUGAUGAGGACACUUUCAUACUCCACACCCAACUAGCCUAAACUCCAAGGACCUCCAUCACACAUCUAACUCCCCCUCCUGCCUUGACCAUUCACAAAAAGGACAUGAGAAGUUUCUUCAAGAAACAAAAGGUCAACAAAGCGCCUGGCCCGGACAGUGUGUCCCCAUCCUGCUUGAAAGUCUGCGCGGACCAGCUUUCUCCAGUUUUCACUCAGAUUAUUAAUAGAUCUUUGGAACUGUGAGACGUUCCAUGCUGCUUCAAACGCUCCACCAUUAUCCCAGUCCCCAAGUAACCUGCAAUCUUGGGUGUCAAUGACUACAGGCCUGUCGCCCUGACAUCUGCGGUCAUGUAGUCCUUUGAACGCCUCGUGCUGGACCACCUAAACAGCGUCACAAGACUGUCACAGGACCGUUGCUGGACCUCCUGCAUUUUCCCUACUGAGCAGAUAGGUCGGUGGAUGAUGAAGUCAACAUGGGACUGCACUUCAUCCUGGAACAUCUCGACAGCACAGGGACCUAAACAAAGAUCGUGUUCGUCAACUUUAGCUUGGCGUUCAACACCAAAAUUUCUGAACUCUCCUCCAAGCUCCUCCAUCUUAGCAUCUCACCUGCAAUCUGCCAGUGGAUGUACAGCUUCCUGACAGGCAGGACACAGCAGGAUCCUUAGUGCGUAGCCUCUUCCCCUCUCCUUUAUUGUGCACAGGUAACUCUAGCGACCAGGAUGAGAGCCGCGGUGGCAUCCUCCGGCCGUACCCCGCACGUGACAACGCUCCUUCCUGUGGUCUGAACAAUGCGGCCAUCUCCACAGCGGACAGCGGGCAGCAGACACUGGCAGAGCCGCAGGUCUCCCCGGAAGACGCACUGGGGCCGCUGCCAGACAACUGGGAGAUGGCAUACACUGAGAAUGGAGAACUUUACUUCAUAGACCAUAACACAAAGACCACAUCAUGGUUGGAUCCCCGGUGUCGAGACAAAACCUCCAGGAGUCUGGAAGAGUGUGGUGAUGAUGAUGAAGAGGGGAUACAUACAGAGGACCUGGAGAGUGAUCUAGAGCUGCCGCCAGGAUGGGAGAGGAUUGAUGACCCAGUGUACGGAAUUUAUUAUGUCGAUCAUAUAAACAGGAAGACCCAGUACGAGAACCCAGUGGUGGAGGCGCGGCGUCGAAAAGUCCUGCAGGAGCAGCAGCAGCAGCCGCAACCUCCAGAAGGUGAGCGGUACAUUCGAGAGUGGAUAGAGGAGCACUCCUCAGCUGCAGCGCCACUGGUAAACUACGUUCCAAACCACCUUGAGACCUACAGGGACCCUCAAGUUCAGCCAACUCUACCUCCGGUCCCAACAGGAGCAAAACGGGGGAAGCCGUUUUUCACCAGAAACCCUGCAGAGCUGAAAGGAACAUUCAUCAACACCAAGCUGAAGAAGAGCCGUCGUGGAUUUGGCUUCACUGUGGUCGGAGGAGAUGAGCCAGAUGAGUUUCUCCAGAUCAAGAGUCUGGUGUUAGACGGACCUGCAGCCAUGGAUGGCAAGAUGGAGACAGGUGAUGUCAUCGUCAGUGUGAAUGAUACCAUUGUGCUGGGUUACACCCACGCUCAGGUGGUGAAGAUCUUCCAAUCCAUCCCCAUUGGGUCCAUGGUGGACUUGGCCUUAUGCCGUGGCUACCCACUGCCCUUUGACCCCGAUGACCCCAACACCAGUCUGGUCACCUCGGUGGCCAUCUUAGACAAGGAGCCUAUUAUUGUCAAUGGACAGGAAACCUUUGACUCAGCUUCCAACCCAAGCGGGCCGCUCAACGGCCAGAGAGAGUUGCGAGCGCACAGCCCGUCCACUGAAGCUUUGUCCAACAGCCUGCAUGGCUACACCAGCGACGUGGUCACCCUGGCAUCGUCUAUAGCCACCCAGCCCGAGCUCAUCACUAUCCACAUGGAGAAGGGAGACAAAGGGUUUGGGUUCACCAUCGCAGACAGCCUGACAGGAGGCGGGCAGCGGGUCAAACAGAUCGUGGACUACCCACGCUGUCGUGGCCUCAAGGAGGGGGACAUUCUGAUGGAGGUUAACAAAAGAAAUGUCCAGAACAUGAGCCACAACCAGGUGGUGGACCUGUUGAGCAAGUGCCCCCGAGGAAGUGAAGUCACAAUGCUGGUGCAAAGAGGAGUGGUGCCAGCCAAGAGGAGUCCAAAGCUGGUGCAUCAGUUAGAGAGGAAGGACAGCCAGAGCAGCUCCCAGCACAGCGUGUGCAGCCAUCGCAGUGCCCACACGGACUCUCCUAGCCACCCGUCCUCUGCUAUGCCCAGUGAGGCUGUGGUGCCCACUCCUGCUGCCCCCACCCAUCCACUGCCAGGCUUGCCCCCUCAGGACCCUGGAGAUGGCACCCUAACCCUCCAGAAGAAGCCAGACCCCUUUAAGAUCUGGGCACAGUCAAGGAGCAUGUACGAGAGCAGACUGCCAGAUUGCCAGGAGCAGGACAUUUUCCUUUGGCGAAAGGAUACAGGCUUUGGUUUCCGUAUCCUUGGCGGAAAUGAGCCCGGGGAGCCUAUCUACAUCGGUCACAUAGUGAAGUAUGGCGCAGCAGAUGAGGAUGGACGUCUGCGGUCGGGUGACGAGCUAAUCUGUGUGGACGGCACGGCGGUGGUGGGCAAGUCACACCAGUUGGUGGUGCAGCUGAUGCAGCAGGCUGCCAAACAGGGCCAUGUCAACCUCACAGUCAGACGGAAGACACCUGGAUACCCAGUGUCAAAAGGGGACGGUGAUGUUCCGCCAUCGCCAGCCUCCUCCCACCAUAGCAGCACCCAGGCACCCAGCCUGACGGAAGGCAAGCGGACCCCACAAGGAAGCCAGAACUCUCUCAACACAGUCAGCUCGGGCAGCGGGUCUACCAGCGGCAUCGGCAGUGGCGGAGGAGGCGGCAGCGGGAGUGCCGUGGUUCCCGCCUCUCUGCAGCCGUAUGACGUAGAGAUCCAACGUGGAGAAAAUGAGGGCUUUGGUUUUGUCAUUGUGUCCUCUGUUUCCAGGCCUGAUGCUGGCACCACCUUUGCUGGAAAUGCCUGUGUGGCCAUGCCCCACAAAAUAGGGCGCAUCAUCGAGGGCAGCCCGGCAGAUCGCUGCAGCAAGCUGAAAGUUGGCGAUCGAAUAUUGGCCGUCAAUAGCUGCUCCAUCACCAACAAGUCACACUCGGACAUCGUCAACCUGAUCAAGGAAGCUGGAAACACGGUCUCGCUCAGGAUCAUUCCCGGUGAUGAGUCUUCCAAUGCUUCUCUGUUGACCAAUGCUGAGAAGAUCGCUACUAUCACCACCACGCACACUCCUCAACAGUCCAAAGAGUCUCGGAAUAAUUCCAAGUCGAAAGGAGUUCCUCCUCCUCCACCAACACAAACAUCACAGGACAAUGAGUUCUACUCAGUGGACCUUGAACGUGACAGCAAAGGUUUUGGUUUUAGCCUGAGAGGAGGGCGGGAGUACAACAUGGACCUUUAUGUGUUGAGACUAGCAGAGGACGGAGCUGCUGUCAGGAAUGGCAAGAUGAGGGUGGGAGACGAAAUCUUGGAGAUUAAUGGCGAGAGCACAAAGAACAUGAAGCAUUCACGUGCGAUUGAACUGAUCAAAAACGGAGGGCGGUGGGCACGGCUUGUCCUGAAACGUGGGGAUGGAUCUGUACCCGAGUAUGACGGCAGCAAUGACGGGUACCCUCCCACACUCGGGGCACAAAACACUUCGGAAGUGAGAACGCUGCCACCAAACAGCCGAUAUCACACCUCAUUGGAGUCCAGUUAUCCACCAGACCGUCACACACCAUCACGCCAAGAGGAGGCUGGGCAUGGCCGAGACAGGAACAGGCACAGGGUUGGGUCAGAUCAGAUGGACUACCAAGGCCAAAAAUAUAACCCUCACCUUCACCACACCUGGAAUAACAAUCACAGUCAUCGUAACCCCAGACAACCGUCUCCAAACAACAGCAAUGGUAGCAGUGGCAACAAGAAAAUACGAGGGCGCAAAGUCAAAAAGUCUGAGUCUGAAAGUGGCAUCGCCAAGCUCCUAAAGACUCUGAGGAAGGACAACUCGGGGAAGAAGGCUGCAGCAGCACAGAAACUCAGGGGCCAAGGAGUCUCAAGCAGCAGCUCUACUUUGGACGGGAGGUUUCACAUACAGCGCCGCGGCUCCCUCGAUCACUCGCCAACACGAAAGCGCACCUCCUCCCCGGACCGCAGAAGGGCCAAGUCGAUGGAUCGCAGGGUGGAGCGAACGCAACGGGAUCGUACGCCUGAGAGGGAGUAUGACGACGGAGGGUUCCUCUCCAUCACCCCUGAGCGCAAGUUCCAUGAGCGAAGGAUCCUCAAAGACUCGCAGAUGAGCGGGCGAGUCAGGGAAGCCGCCACCCCUGAGCACUCCAGCAACAACGGUGGAGAUUCUUUGUCUCUUUCCAGGAGCGGCACGUACGAUAGAGCCACCAAGAACGCCAACCUGUUGCGAGACUCUUCCUCAGAGCAAUAUCGGCUGAACGGAACACCAGAGAGACGGUACAGAGUGGAGCGGGACUCUUCCCCUGACAGCAACUACAGCCGAGAUGAGGAGAACUAUGCAGCAGCACCCAGACUAAAAGACUACUAUAGCAUGAUGAAGAACAAUGCUGUAUACAAGAACACAGGCCACAACAAUAACACAGUUUGCCAAAGCCCAAACCAGCUCCCUGAGCCCAAGAGAAAGCUGUAUAAAGAAAGCCCCAAAGACCUCAGCAUCUAGAGGGGAGUAUACUCUCCCCUAUACAGUAUGUUUACCAUACACUGGAAUUGGACUAAUGAAGACCCUAAUGGUUUAUUGAUUGACUUAACUUCUUGUGGUCCCAUCCAGAGAUUCCUAAAACAGCAGGAGUACAAUCCCAUCAGCUCACACUGGUUGUUUUGUCAUUGUUACGUUGCUCAUAACAGGUUGUUGUACUGUAUUAGAAGUAUUUUGUGCCUGCGUAUGAAAUCGAUGAUUUUGCGUUUUGUCUGCAUUGCUGAAUCUAAAUGUUUUGUUUCCUCCCACAUACAGUAUGAGACAUGCUUCCAGUUGUGCUUUUUUCCAACCUCUUUUACUUUAGUGAACAAAUGAUAGCACAAUUCACCAAUGGCUUACAAGAACUGUGAAAAUCACAUUGGGCAAUGUUCAAAAUCGUACAACUGGAGCUAAAAUAGAGUGCUGAUUUUAUAAAUAAUUUAUUUCUUU